AUGCCAAUUGCUGGAUCUGUUAAUGAUAAGGAAUUAUCAGCAGCUCAUAGUAAGAUAUUGACUUUAAAUAAUGAUCAAACAAUUGCAAAUAAUUAUACAAGAAAUCAUCAGGAUUACAAUGAUGAACAAGUUCCUCAUCGAAAACAAGAUUUUAAUCAAGAGGUCUCAAAAUAUAUAAAAAAUGAAAUCACAAAUCAAAGUAACCAAGAUGAUUCAUCAAGUGAUAAAGCUUUAUUAAAUCAGCUAAGAGAGGAAAUACAAGAAUUAAAACAACGUUUAAGUAAACAAAAUGAUUUAAAUAAUUCUAGAGAAAGUAUAUUUAAUAUGGAUGAUGAAGUAAUAAAUAAGCUUAGAGAAGAAGCUUUGCAUGAGAUUAAGCAAGAAAUCAAACAGCGUUUAAGAGAUAAGGUUUUUACUUAA